AUGACGCAUGAGCUAAAAUUGCUUCGGAUAGCAAUUCUGGUUUGUCGCUCCUUGUGUGUAUAUGAUGCUAAUAUUUCUAACCAUCCUCGCCGCAAAUACUGCAAAAGUGACAAUAAUUAUGAAACUGCUCUUGAAUUUAGAAGUGGAGUCAUGAAUUUCUGCUCUUACUGUCAGUAUUCAACGCCAAAUGUUAGUAACCUUAAACGUCAUAUGCUUGGGCACAGUGGAAAGCGACCUUUCAAAUGUGAAUUAUGCCACAAAGCAUUUCGACAAAAAGAACAUUUGAAAACUCACAUGCUUAUCCACACUGAUGUGAAAACAAUUGCAAAAUUCAAAGCAACUGAAAGAAAUUCUCUUAAAAUGUGCACUAUUUGUUCUUACUCAACAUAUAACGGAGAAGAGUUGCAGCAACAUUUGCUGUAUCAUUCAAGAGAAGAGCGUCCUUACACGUGUGAAACUUGUUCAAAAUCAUUUAAACAGAAAGGCCAUCUGAAAGCUCAUUUAAUUGUGCACACUGGAGAGCGUCCCUUUAAGUGCGGAGUUUGCAAUAAGAGUUUUUCUUCGAAGCAAAAUCUUAAGCAUCAUCAUUUACUGAAACAUACUGGAAAUCGACCAUAUGUUUGUGAAGUUUGUCAUAAAUCUUUUAAGCAAAAAGCUCAUCUUAAAACUCACCUGAUUACUCACACUGGAGAGCGACCCUUCACAUGUCACUUAUGUGGAAAAGAUUUUUCAACGAAACAAAACUUCAAAUCUCAUACGAUUUUUGUAGUUCUAGUGCUGAAGAAACCUGCAGCAGGCGAGUUGAGCGAGCCCCAGGUAGCGGCAAAGCCCCCGAAGUACACCAACCAAGGUGGUGCACUUUGGGGGUCAUCAACCCAGCUGAGGUGGUUGGUGUCUCAAUGCAAGGCAAAAGUUGUGUGUGUUCCACUCAACGACCAAAGCAAAGGAUCCGCUUAUGCUGGGCAAGAGAACAGGUUUUCUGCACCCAACAACAAUGGACUUCUCUGCUGUUCACAGACGAGUCCAGAUUUACAUUGGAGAGUGGUUCCGGGCGUCUACUGUUCUGGAGGAAACGGCACUAGAUACCAUCAAUCCAACACUGUUGAAAGGCACAGUUAUAGAGACGGUGGAAUCAUGAUUUGGGCAGGGAUCUCGCUCGGUGGUCACACUGACGUGCAUGUGUUCUGUGGAGGAACUCUGACUGGUCUGAAAUAUUGGAAUGAGAUUCUUGAUCCAUAUGUCUGCCCAUAUGCUGGUGCUAUUGGUAAUGACUUCAUUCUGAUGGAUAGUAAUGCACGAACUCACCGAGCUCGGAUUGUUGAGGAGUAUCUUAACGACCUUGGUUCGGAACAAAUGGAAUGGCCAGCUCGAUCUCCAGAUCUGAAUCCAAUACAGCAUUUUUUGGACUAUCUUGGCAGACAGGUUGCCGCUUUAAAUCGUCCUCCAAGAUCGUUACAUGAGCUGGAGCAAGGCUUACUCUGCUCAUUGGAAUCUGGAAUGUGUGUGAAGCUUAGUAAAAAUAGUAUGCUGAGAAUUUGUCCAGAGUGCCCAUUUACAACACUAAAAUAUGAUCAGUUUAAAAAACAUUUACUUGGCCAUAGUCAAAAACAGAAAUUUAUUUGUGAAAUAUGUGAUCAGUCAUUUAAACUAAGAGCCCAUUUAAAGCGACAUUCGGCUUCUCAUUAUCUUGAGUAUGAUCCUGAUAAAAGCUAUGAAAAAAGAGGCAGCAAGUAUUUUUGUACAUAUUGUUCUUAUUCAACCUACCAUAUUGGACAUGUGAAAAGACAUCUGGCCGCUCAUAGCAUGGUUCGACCCUUUCAAUGCAGGUUCUGUGAAAAAUCAUAUAAGCAAAAAGAACACCUUAAACGCCACUGGAUUACACAUCUUACAAAAGAAGUGUAGUUUUAACUUUUGUGUUGUGUUUAGUCCCAAUAUUUAGUGACCUUUUCUGUAUGGGCUAUAUUUCGAGAAUUUUAUUAUUUUUUGGGGAGUUCUAAUAAAAUAGUU